AUGGCCACAUUUUCGAAGGUAAAUUUUAAAACAAUUAAUUAUAAUUCGUUUCGUCCUCAUUAUCCUAGUAGUUUCUAUCAGAUAUUGAGUAAGUACGCUACUGAAGGUAAAGAGUCCAGACUUCCAUUGAAUAAAUCUUUAGACUUAGGUUGUGGGACGGGAGUAGCUACGUAUUCGUUGCUCAAUUUCGUCGAUGAUGUUACGGGUAUCGAUGUUUCUCCACCGAUGAUUGAAACAGCCAAAUCUUUAAUUCCCGAAAGAUGUGAGCAGAUGAAUGUGAAAGACAGAUCAAGGAUUAAGUUCAAGACUGGUUCGGCAGAGUCAUUUGUUAGUCUGGGAUCCAGGGAGGUCGAAGACAAUAGCAUUGACCUAAUUGUUGCUGCUCAGUGUAUCCAUUGGUUUCAGGAUUACAACAUUUUUUAUAAAAGUUGUGCUUCAUUGCUAAAACAGGGUGGGACUUUGGCUUACUGGUACUACGUGGAUCCGAUAGUCAUUGAUUUUCAAGGGCCUGCAAAAGGAGAAAAAAUGGAAAUCUUAAAAAAGGCAUUUCAAAUCUACAGCAAAUAUGUUUAUGACGAUCCAAAAUUUAUAGGACCACAUUGGGAACAGCCAGGAAGAAACAUUAUUAAGAACCUCUGUGUUGAAGUAAAUGAAGCUAUUCCUAAGGAUUUAUAUUCUGACAUCAAAAUUCAAACAUAUGUUCCUGACUUUGAUGGAAAUGUAAAGCCGACUGAUGAUGACCUUAAGUUGGAAAAACUGAAUAUGCUGAUUAAUGAUUUCAUAAAAUAUCUCAAUACUUACAGUGGUUUCCAUAACUAUAAAGAUGCCACUGGUGACAAGGAAAAUUUAAUCGAAUUAUUUCUUAGCGAAUGUGAAACAGAGCUCGGUUGGGACAGAGAAAAAACCAGAAUUGACAUCGUAUGGAGAACAGGCUACACAUUCAUGAAGAAGAAAUAG